AUUAAAGGAAAAUAUUCACAGGUAAUUGUUUAGAAACAUCAUAAUUCAAGGAAUACAAACAAUAUUCCAAGUCUAAUUAAUCCACUUUUUUAAGUAGAUAUAAUGAAGGACUAUUUAUGAACGACUUUGGGGUUCAUACUACUAUACUACAAAUGAAUAUUUUACAAUUCACUAAUUUCAGAUAGGCAUUCAUUAAUGACUUUUCGUUAUUUAUGCAAACUAACAGAACUGAACAGAACAGAACAGAAUGAUGGCCAAAUUUAAUGAUCCCUUCAUUGUGUGGAGAAAGCUAUUUCUGAUUAAUGUCAAAAAGUACAAAAUAACAAAAUCGUGUGAAAUUGCGCUUAUUAUAACGUACGCACUCGUCCACUGUUUACUGUUGUACUACAUGUUCACAAACUUCAGUGUAAACCUUUUGAUUAGAUACGGACCAGUAACAAUAUUCUACAUAUUUAUGCUUGCGGCAACAAUUUUUUCUGUCGCUUUGGAAGAAGAACUAUCUGAAGGGCUCACAUUUCUGGAUGAAAAUUGCUGGCCCCUUAAUACAAUAGGGAAAGAUGCCCAAAUAAAGCUUGAAAGAAAAUGUCGUAUGAUAAAUACGUGUACAGCACUGGUUGUGCUAAUUAUCCUAAGUGCAAUCAUUGUUAAUUAUCCGUGUUUUGGAGAUCAGAGAGACUUUUUCAUUUGUGUUAAAGUUUUCGAGGAAUAUUUUGGCCAAUGGUCGUUUAUUCCCUACUACUUUUAUUUCAUAACAUCUCCGUUUUUUUACUAUAAUUCCUUCAAGCUUUGUUUUACUUUUGUUUACGCAGUUUUAGAAGCGGAAUUGCAAUUCUUCCUCAUUGAAGGAUAUUUGUUGCAAAUGUAUAAAAUGGAUUAUUUGAAACAUUGGAAAUGUUUAAAAGAUACUCGAUAUCAACAAGAGCUAGGAAAAUCGUUACGAGUUUGUAUUGCUCAUCAUAUUGCUUUAAAAAAGUCGGUCAAAAUGAUAGUGAAGAUUACAGUGAAUGGCAUGCCGAUUUUUCUACUACUUGGGUGUCUUCUUUACAUUAGUUGUUUUACAUUUGUCAUAAAUCUCGCCGACUCCAUGACCAACAUUUUAAAAAUACGAAUUUUUUUGUUGGGCGCAAGUUCUGUUUGCGUUACUGUUCUUUUGUGUUGGAAUGGCCAACAAAUAAUAGAUGUGACAAACAGUAUUUUUUCUGCUUUAACUGGAGCUCCUUGGUACUUUUGGGAUCUUGACAACGUUAAAAUUCUUUUGAUUUUCAUAACGAAUUGUACCAAGAAUGAUAGCAUAACAAUGGCUGGGAUUUGUUUAGAUUACAAACUGUUUGCUUCUUUGUUACGAAUCUCCUUCUCGUAUGCUCUAGUUUUAUUCAACCUUCGCAAAAGUUCUCUCUCUUGAAUCAUCCAAAAUUAAUACAAUCUUCUAUAUCUUCAGCCUUCAUUCUAGACACUCGUAUUUAGGCACAGGAAAGCAUUCUCUCUGUGUGUUUUGUACAGCAAUAAUUAUUUUUGGUGAAAACACAGAAGACAAAAUAAACAACUUCUCUGUUGAAA